UGUCAACAAAAUAAUUUAUUUAUUAUAUAUAUUACAUACACACAUAGCUUAUUAAAUAUAUAUAUACAUAUUUAUUUAAUUAAUUAUAAAAAUAUAUUAAAAUAAUUUUAUUCAACAAUCUAUUUCAUCAUAUGUUUCGCGAUAUGUAUCACAAUUUUCUCAACAAUACUAUUUGCAUAACAAAUUUUUCUGUAUUGAAUAACUGUUGCACAUAAGUAUUUUUUACUUGACUUGGCUCCUAUUACAUUUUAAUAAUUAUUUCAUAGCGUGAUUAUUAUUUAUGAGCACAAGACAAUCAAAAUCAAACUUCUAAGUCGUUAUGGCAAUCAAAUUUGUUCAAUCAAAUCAAAAAGUCAUCAAAAAUCAAAAAAAUUAAUCUACUCUAAUCCUAUUUAAACAUAACUAUUGCAAAAUUUAAUUACAAUUCCUAUCGUUUCAUAGUGCUAUUAUUUAAUUCUAUUGUAAAUAAAAAUAUAAUAUAAUAAUGCUGCAUACUAACACAUUAGAAUUUCUAUUAUUUUCGCAGCAUUAUUUUAUUCCAUUCUAAAUUAAUAAUAUCGUAUAUGCACGAAAAUGAUAACGAAAACUUCAUUGCCUUCAUUAUAUAACAUAAAAAUUGAGUGAUAAAUCUAUUCUACAUUUACUCUAUGCUAGUAUAUUUUUUAAUAAAAUGAAAAUAUUAUUGGUAGCAAUGCAUAGUGAUAUUUCAAAUUUAGUGAAUGAAAAUAACUAAUAAAUAAUAGAAUUUUAUAUUUAUAGAUAUUUAAUUGAAUAUUUUAUUGAGAAUAUUAAUACAAACAUAAUAAUGAAUGAUAUAAUAAUAUUUAAAGAAAAACAUAUAAAUAUUACGGAUUCACAAAUAAAAGAUUUAUUGCAAAAUCAGAUUCAGUUAAUAAAUCAUGUUAAGAAUAAGCAAAAUCAACAUUGCAAUGAAGAUGAAAUAAAAAUUAAAGAUUUAAUAUUAAAAAUAACCUCUAUGCGAGAGAGUCUUCAAUCCAAAAAACAAACGUUGGAAUAUAAAAAUAAUCUUUUAUCUAAACAUUUGGACCAUGUGAUAGAGAUAAAAGAAGAGAAAGAUAAAUUUUUGAAAGAAUAUCACCUAUUAGAAUUGCAAAGAAAUAAACUCAAAAUAUGUAAACGAAAUUUACAAGAUCAAGAAUUAUUAGAUAAAGGAAGAAGAAAAUUUUUAUUGUAUAAAGCAUUAACAGGAAUACGAUGGGAUUAUGAAAAACUUAAAGAAACUAUUACAGGAUAUGUGUUACAUAAAAAUUAUAUUCAUCAUUUUUCUUAUAUAAAUGAAGAGAGUACAAAAAAUAUAAAUGAUCUUUUAUGGCAAGAAAUAUAUCAAUCUAUAUUUCAAAAAGAGAAUAAUGAAAUGUAUAAUAAAGAAAAUAUUGUAGAAAAUAAAGAACUAUAACAUUAAACAAUUAUAACAAAUAAAUUUUCAUUUAAUAAUAA